AUGAAGGUUAAACAAGAAGCUGGAGAGAAGAUGAAGAAGGAUGCCAAGAAGAAGAAGGCUAAAGACUCAAUUGGAGCGAGAGUCAAGAGGAUGAAGAAGAAAGAUGACAAGAGCGCCUCCUCUGGACCUCACUCUCCCUCGCUGUUGAAGAGUCAGGAUGUCGUUAAUCUCGUCGUCCAAGCUCAUGGCAAGAGUAAUCUAGCCAGGGCUUGUACUGACGAUGAAACCCCUGAAACUGUCCCAGAGGGUUGGUUCUGUGUUCACGAGAAAUACAUCUCCAAGUGCCACCUUAGGUUCCCUCUCCCAACCCUCUUGCUAGAUCUCCUAGAUCACUAUCAACUGGCCCUUUCCCAACUUUGCCCCUCGGUUAACCGAGUGGUGAACGGAUUCAUCACCAGGGCUAAGGAAGAAGGAGUUAUCGUAGGGUUGAGUGGGCUGAUGAGUCUGUUCCUGAUAAAGGAGAGCUCUUCCAAGGAUGGCGGAAGCGGGACCUAUUACCUCCCCUGUCGUCCGAGGCUAGGCAUUUUUAAGUUUACGGCCAGUGAUGAUGACUGGCGAAAGAAGUAUUUCUAUGUCAAGAUCGACCCUUCGACGGUUCCUGGAUAUGUUUGUGUAUUCGUUUUUGCUUAUCGCGAUUUGCUAACCUCUUUGAUUCUUCUUGCAGAGAUUGAGGACCCUGUUAAGUUAUCCGGUAAACUCACCAGAGCUCUCUAUAGGAAGCUGCAGCACAGCCCUAAUACUUGGGGAGCUUAUACUACUACGAGAGUUGGAUCAGCUAGGUUCCCUGAACGAUACAAGGCUUCUUUUCCUGAUUCAGUUUCGGUUGCUGGUUUAGAAGGUGCAUCGAUAUUCUCAGUCUCGUCAGGAGCCAGUACCUCAGAAAAGACUCAGUCACAGAAAAUGCCUAUCAAGCCUUCGUUCCGUUCCAGGGGUAGGUCGACUAAAGCUGCCAGCUCCUCUCGAGGAAGCGACAAGAAUCAAGGAGGAUCCUUCCUCAGCACUGUGAAGGAUGUUCUUGAUGAUGGAGGCUCUGCUCCUGCCAAAGAUGCCAGUUAUUCCGAGCCCAAGGUUCAGGAAGUUGUCCCUCACCCUGAGGUUCCGGAGGUGGAAGCUGAUCCUCAAAUAGUGAAGGAUACUCAUGAAUUUGAUCCUCCGAGGAGCAAGAGGUCCAGGACCGAUCAAGUUGACAGACCUUCUAGGUCUUCCUCUUCUUCCUCUAGAGGAGGAACCGCCGGCUGGAACUUCACUCACUCGAAGCCUGGAUCAGUCUUGGAUGACUCGUGGGGUUUGGCUACGCUAAUGAGGCAUAUGAAGAGAACCGGGUGCGCCCUUCCCUCAACCGCCAAUCUCACGAACAAGGAGGAGUAUGUUGAGAUUGCCCACUUCAUGGGUCAGCUAGCUGGAGCUAUCAACAGGGCUCAGUUCAAGUUUGAAGAAACUGUUCACAAUGCCCCCAACGCUGGUGAGCUAGCUCAGGUUACUGAGCUAGUUAGAGCUACUAAGGUAGAGCUUGACCAGGCUCGGGUUCAGGUCUCUGAACUUCAAGCUGAGGUCAAGAGACUUGGAUCCAAAGCCGACAUUCAGCAAGGGAAAAUUGAGAGUCAAACGGUGGACAUCCAGGUGAAGAGCCGGAAGAUUGCUGAGUUGGAGUCUGCUCGAAAGAUAGCCGAGUAUCAGGUCAAGGAACUGAUUGCUUCGUCCCAAGACAGCCAGAAGAUCAGGGAAACUGAGGUCAAGCUGGCUGUUAGGAGAGGAAAGAAAGAGGUAGCUGAUGCCUACAACAAGAUCUUGGCCUCCGUGAAGGAGAAGUUUGCCAAGAAGAAGGAUGAGGUCGAGCUCCAGAUUUAUGCUCAAGAGCUUCAGGCCAACACCGACCUCUUGAAGGAUGCUGGAGAAUGAAAUCCAGAAUGCUGAGGACGAGUAUAAUCGUCUAAUGACCUU